AUGGACGUAUGGAGCCUACAGGCACACUUACUUACCAACCAACACCACUUUCCCGAAGUGCCAGGAAUGUGGGCUGACCUCUGGGAGGGUCUGCAGGCAGGUCAUCCAGGAGCCUGGACUUCGCAGGCCACCGAAGAUCUGGCCGUCAGCUCGACAUACGGAGUUGCACAUGGCGGUGGUGGGACAAGCUGUGGUAUUAACUCUACCAGUUGCGCUACAAGUGCCCUCGUGGGAGCCGGAGGAAGGUCGACUUCGCAUGGUCCAGCCUACGAAGCCGCCGGCCAUCCAACAAUCGUGACCACCAACUCCGACGUCUGCCUGGGCAGUCAGAAGAUUCGAGCUCAAACAGGAACUCUACGGAGUCGUGGAGCCCCCACGGCUCAGACACGGGCGAAUCAUCCCCCCGGGACGUAUGAAGCCGGCACGGCAACCGGUGCACAAAUGGUGAGUCGCCUGGCGCCUCGCCAGGUCGGGAGGGCAGGUGUUAGCCAUUGGGUCGCAAAUCCAAAAAAUUACAUUUUUUUUCAACCACGGCGCCUAUUUAGUGAAGGAUGCAACUAUUUGGCGGUUGGGACUGUAAUUAAGUCCAGCCUGUAUGUAAUGUCCUUUUUCCACGGCAUAAUGAGGCCUACUUUAGCUGACUGUGGGAAAAAUUUUAUCAUCACUUGA